UGUAAAUUCUCCUGUUUUUCUUCUUUACUUUUGAUGUCUGAUUUGAAAGUUCGAUUCUUUUGUGCGUGUAAAAAAAUGAAAAAGCUAAUCUUAAAACUCCGGCAAAGCCCAUUUCGGGUGAACGACCAGAUGACGAUCAGAGAGUUACGGUCGGAAGAAUCAUUUGGUGGUAAUUGUCUGCUUCUGUCGCUUCCAGAAGAUGUGUUUGCUGCUACCUCUCGUUUUCUAUCUCCAAGCGACAUAUGCAACCUACGCUUAUGCUGCAAAAGCCUCUGCGAGCGUGUGGAUUAUUCAGAGAAGAUAUGGUUCGUGCAAUGCGAGCUCGUAGAGGUUCUUCCUUUAUCCGAAAUAGCCCGAUGGAGGAUCGGGAUCUCUUCUUACAAGGCUCUUUGUCGGUUUCUUGUGGAGGUAGUGAAGCCUCUGGUUGGGGUUUGGGUUCACCAAGAACCUGAGCUUGGGAACGUUGUGUACGUGAUGCCUGGCUUCUUGUCUGUUGUUGGUUGCCGGAUCAUCCCACAAAAGGUUGGUCCUUUGGGGAUUCAGGAAGGGAGGGUUAUGUGGUCACCGGUGUUUGAGAUCAUAUGUGAUCACGAUGGCUCUACCAAGUUCUUCCUCCAUGGAAGAGGCAGAGAAGGAAGUUGCGUGUACCCUGGUCUUGUUUCAGGCAUGGACAAGACUUGCAAUGCGCUCUCACUCGAGGUUGAGCCGAGGCAAGGGAAGAGUGGGGUUCCAUUUCAGAACCUCGAUGAUAGCGAUAGAAGAAACUUACUGGAACUAGUAACAAGCCAUGUAGGUCUAAAUGUAUCUGAACCAUUAAGUGUAAAGUUAUUUCCCACAAAGAGAGAAGAUGAAGGGAUGCUGUUGGAGCGCAGAACCAUGCUCCUUAAAAUGCACAAGUUUGGUGAGAACUGGAAGCACAUGAACCUCGAGGAAGAUGGCCUGUGUUGCAAUCCUACGCAGGAAGACAUAAACGAGAUGGGUGGUGCCCCAUGUGUGAAUCGCCUGAGCUUUCUUAGCGCUGGUGACACAUUCGGUCUAAGUCUCAAAGCUUCCUACACUGAGAUGUCUUCUUACGAAGGGUGGCCAAUAAUGGAUCCAAACCGCUUUUGCCUUCAUAAACUACCAAUGAAGAGUCCUGGAGAUGACGAAGAGCAUGCCGGUUUGUGGGGAGGAACGUUUGGGUGGCCACCUGGGAGAUGUAAUGAAGAUGAAACCAGAAAUGCUUUUUAUCUACUGAUGCUCUCUUACGCAGAAUCCAAAAACGAACCAUGGGAAACAUGUUCCAAAAAAAAAAAGAAAAAGAAAAAAAAGAACAAUGGGAAAUGUCUUAUCGGGACGAAAAUACUCGAAGCCCAUUGCAAUCAUCCUAAUGGAACAGCAAUGUUUGUUGUGGAUAUAGACGACACACCUUCCCUUGAGCCCUUUCCGUUCGAUACAGAUGGAAUAGACUCUGAGCAUUCUUACAAGGGAAAGGGUAUAUCAGAUGGUUAUGGUUUCCGUUAUCCUGGUUCAAAACCUGGUUCACUUUAUGUGAUCUCUCAUGAUCAUCUCGCGUUCGUCUGGCAUGAAACUACAGACGUGUUUACUUUUAAAAGACUAAACCUUGAAGAGAUCUUGAAGAAAGGUUUAGGUACGUGCGUGCCUCCUUUGCCUCCAACUAAUAAUUUUACUUAUAUGCAAAGGUCUUACGCAAAUGUCUUUACUGAGCCAUCAUGAUUCAUGAAUCUGUUCGUCUUCCUCCGGGCAAUCUUUGGAAAAUGGAACACUCUGCAAAGUUCUUUUCUUGUUUCUGAGAUAUAAACUCAUAAUUUUUACAUCAUCUCAAAUGUUUCUGAGAUUACAUUACUGUUACAAUAGUUUAACAGUUGAUCAACGUUGAAUUUGUGUAAUUUAUAUUUAUAUACUAGUAGUGUGUCCGUGUUAUGUCCGGAUUGUUUGAGCGGAUUCUUUGUUUGACAUUUAUAUUAUUCAAA